AUUGUGUAUAAUUCAAAGAAAAAGAAAUGUUUUCAAGAAUCCGUGGGCUUGUAAGUCGCCACAGGCGAAAGUUUAUAGUAGGAGGUAUCCUAGUUGGUAGCGUUUUUUUCAUAAGAUACACGGCACGCAAGCUUCGAGAAUGGCAAGAGAAAGAAAUAAAAGACAUGCUGGAGAGAUCAAAACGAAGGCAAUACUUCGAAUGUACAGAACGGGCGUGCAGUCAAAUGAUAGUGUCCCUCACGUCGAAUUUACGAGACUCGAUAAUAAAGGUUUUGGAUACAGACGCCAUUAUAAACAAACUUAGAAACGGUUGUCCAGAUAAAAUAGCUUGUUGGAACGAGUUGAAGGUUUUAGCGAUCGCUAGAUGUGCUACAGUAGUAUAUUCGUAUUCUGUGUUAGCAACUUUGAUAAGAAUCCAGUUUAACGUGAUGGGCGGUCACAUAUACAAGGACAUCCAGAAUUCGAAUAAUUCUACUACGGAAAAUGUUGUACAGACGAAAUAUAUGUCGCUCUCGCGUCACUUCAUAUACGAAGGAAUCAAGAAACUGAGCUCGCUCAUAAAAGACAAAGUGGCCGAAAUAACAGCCUCGAUAUCUCUGAAAGACGAAUUGACUCUAAGAGACCUAGAACAAAUAUAUUGGACCUUGAUGUCUUCUAUAUCUGCAGAUACUUCCAAGGAUCCUAUAAAGAAUCUUGCUGAGUAUACGCUGCUUGCUAACUGCGAGGAAGAACAGACGCCUAUUUUAUUGAAAUUAUUCAAUGAGACUCUGGAUCUUCUGGAGAGUGAAGAGAUACAAACUCUGACGCAAAGCAGCAUCAGAAGCGGUUUCAAUUUAUUGGUGGACCAUAUUUCUGCAUUCUUUGUUAGUUCUUCUCCGGUAGAAAACGGCAAGCCAGUUCAAAAUGGGAUUUCGAUGCCAGGAACUUCGAGGCAGAGUAGUGUAAGCAUGAACUAUGAUUCAAGUUCGUUUAUAAAUAUUAACAAAGUAUCCAUGCGAAUGGCGAAGAUAAUACCGAUCAUAAAUGGGCAAGUACCGGAUAAACCAAGCUCAGAAGACUUUCAAACCGAUUUGUUGCAACAUCUUAUAACGAAUAACGAACUUAAAACGCUUGGAGCGAACAUUUACGAAGCGUUUAGUUUUUAAAUUCAAUAUAUUGAAAUUGUGUCGUUAUAAAAAACUGGAGAUAUUGCUGAACGUAAUUCUAAAUACGUCUUAAACACCAUAAAAGUAUAUGAAUGUAUCUUUUAUAAUGUACUGUAGUAAAAUGUUGUUAUAUGUAUUUAAAAUACGCUUAUAUCGUUGUGAUGGUCCUAUCUUAAAAUAUUCGGGGGGAGAAAACGGGUUUUUACUGUUAUAAUGCAACAAUAGAAUUGUAAAAAGCUAUUUCAAUGUAUCCACACAAUAAUGUAAUAUACUUAAGAAAGUAUACACUUUUAGAAACUAUUUUUAUUUGUUUUUUUAAUGUUUUAAGUAAGAAACAAAUAAAUAAAUUACAGAUAAAAAGUA